CCAGUUGGCUACGAGGCAGUAAACUAUGGAGGUAGCGGUGUGUUCACCGCACUAGUUGGCUGUUGGAAUUUACGCCUACAGUCGGAAUACUUAAACUUUAGUUUUCUGUAGGCGAGCUUGAAUCCAUGUCGCCUCACAUUCGUGUUUAAAUCUUCGAGAUGGCUUUAACCGGGCCGGUGCUUAUAUAUGUGAUAUAAGUGGGGAGCGGUUAAUUCCGCUUUUCCCAUGUUAUGAUAGCUAGCCCCUUCUAGCUAACGUGCUAACGGUACUGCUCUGCUGCAGAGGAGGCGAUAAUUAGCUAGCAAGCGAGCUAGGGAGGCUUGUCUGCUGGGUUGUUUCCACCACUCUGGUACUUUGUUCCUAUUAACGCGAGCUGAAAAGGUUAGCUGUGGGACAAUGUGUUUGGUACCAAAGUAAUGGAGAUCGGCAUAACGGUGGAUUCUAUGUGCAGAGGAUUAACCAUCUCGCCCCGUGGACCUACGGAAGGAUUUUCGCAUUAAAAUGAUGUGUUCAGUUCGUCAAGAACUCCACCAACGCUACAGACUCGGUUGAAACACAUCUGGAAUGUUCAGACUGGUUAAACCAACCCCUGUGCUUGUGUUAGUGUUAUUCAGUGUGCUUAAGGGAAAUGUGUCCAUGAGUAUUUAGAAUGGCACACGUGUAACAUUAUCAUUAAAGUGAAUUAGUGAAACAAGAAGAACAAGCCAGGUCGACAUAGGUAAACAAACGAGGACUUCAAGAAACAUGGCUUCGGUUUGGAAGAGACUGCAGCGUGUGGGGAAGCAUGCGUCCAAAUUCCAGUUCGUGGCAUCGUAUCAGGAGCUCAUGGUGGAAUGUACUAAGAAAUGGCAGCCAGAUAAACUGGUGGUUGUGUGGACACGGCGGAGUCGAAGAAAAUCAUCCAAGUCCCACAGUUGGCAGCCGGGCAUCAAGAACCCCUACAGAGGAGUGGUCGUGUGGCCUGUACCAGAAAACAUUGAAAUCACUGUUACUCUGUUUAAGGACCCACAUGCAGAGGAGUUUGAAGACAAAGAAUGGACUUUUGUCAUAGAAAAUGAGUCUCCCUCAGGGCGCAGGAAGGCCCUGGCCACCAGCAGCAUCAAUAUGAAGCAGUACGCCAGCCCCAUGCCCACGCAGACUGACGUCAAGCUCAAGUUCAAGCCCCUCUCCAAGAAGGUGGUGUCGGCCACGCUGCAGUUCUCCCUCUCCUGCAUCUUCCUGCGCGAGGGCAAAGCCACGGAUGAGGACAUGCAGAGCCUGGCCAGCCUGAUGAGCAUGAAGCAGGCGGACAUCGGCAACCUGGACGACUUUGAGGAAGACAACGAUGAGGAAGAGGAGAACAGGGUGAAUCAGGAGGAGAAGGCUGCCAAGAUCACAGAACUGAUAAGCAAGCUCAACUUCCUGGAUGACGAGGAUCAUGACACGCCCCCUGGCUCGGGCAGCAAUCCUUUUGAGGAUCCCGAUGACUACCCCCAGGACCCCGGGGACUCCCUGGAGCCCCCUGACCUCAACCCGUUUGGUGAACCGGAGGACGAAGAAGCCCGGGAGCAGGCGCCCGCCGCCGCCCGCCUCCAGCCCGAGGUCCCCUUCUACGACCACGAGGCCCCCAACCCCUUCGACGUCCCGGAGGACACCGAGGAGCCCGACCCGCACGAGUCCUCGGGGAACCCCUUCGAUGAGCCGGACCCCCCGGACGAUGACACGGCCCACGCCGACCUAGACCCCCCCAGACCCCGGCAGAGGAAGGGGGUCCGCCCCGUGGACAUGAGCAAAUACCUGUACGCCCACACGGCCCGCAUGGAGGAGGAGGAUCUGGACGAGUCUAACCCAUUCUUCGAGCCAAGGGCCUCCAGCCCGGUGCAACAGUCCUCCUCCGGCUCCGCCUCCCUGGACGUGUACAGCAGCCAGAAGAGACGGGCCCCUCUCCCCCCGGGCCCUGGUGCCGGCCCAGGCCCCAACUCCCUGGAUCUGGGUCCCACUCCCCCUAGGCCCAGUACAGGCCCCUCACGGGAGGGGGCCCAGCCGCCCGGGCUUGUGGCCGUGGUGGCAGGGAGGGAGCUGCCCUCCUCCUCUCCCAAGCCCAGUCCCAUCCCCAGCCCGGUGCUGGGGGGGAAGCCCAACGCCAGCCAGUCGCUGCUGGCCUGGUGCCGCCAGGUGACCAAGAACUACCGCGGCGUCAAGAUCACCAACUUCACCACCUCCUGGAGGAACGGCCUGGCCUUCUGCGCCCUGUUGCACCACUUCAGACCGGACCACAUAGACUACAAGUCACUCAAUCCUCAGGAUAUUAAAGAAAACAAUAAAAAGGCGUACGACGGCUUCGCCAACCUGGGCAUCUCCCGCCUGCUUGAGCCCUCCGACAUGGUGCUGCUGGCCAUCCCCGACAAGCUGACGGUGAUGACCUACCUCUACCAGAUCCGCGCCCACUUCUCUGGCGAGGAGCUCAACGUGGUGCAGAUCGAGGCCAACAGCAGCCGCAGCACCUACAAGGUGGGCGACUUUGAGACAGACACCAACGCCUCCAUCGACCAGGACAAGUUCUACGCCGAGCUCAACGACGUGCCGCACGUCCAGGUGGCCGGCGCGCAGCACGCCGCCGCCGCGAGCAACACCGGCGACGAGCCUGACGGCGCUCACUCGGCCGUGGCACGAGUGAGCACUCACUUGGCGCCCGAGGAGGCGGGCGUUAGCAAGGACAUGGUGGGAGGGGCUUACUUGCGGCAGGGGGUGUCCGCACUGUCGCUGCCGCUGCAGGCGACGACGGCACCCGCUGCAGUGUCCAUUCAUCCCGCCCCCGCCCCUCGGAGGUUCCUGGCCGGAGUCCUUGGGUCAGAGGACGGGAAAGUCCUCCCCAAGGCCGGCCCCGUGGACCCGAGGGACGUACCGCCCAAGGUGGAGAGGGAGGCAGAGCGAGCAAGGCCGCACGCAGAGGAGGCGGGUGGAGGAGGAGAGGCAGAGGGGGAAUGUAAAAACUCAGAGUCCUCUGCGAGGAAAGCCACCGCCUCCUCUCCCAGCCAACACAAGCUGGGCUUCUCCUACAACCGGGACGCCGACCUCAUCAAGAAGAAGAGAGCCAGCCUGCGCUCCUCUGAAUCAGAGUCCGCCUCGGACUCAAACACCCCGUCACCAGUCAACUAUACAGACACGUCCCCUAAGCAGGAGUCUCCCGUCUCUCCUGUAGAAAGUCCGCCAGCGGAGAAGAAGGUGCAGUCCAGGCAGGAGGAGCUAAAGGAGAGGGCAAGGCUGCUCCUGGAACAGGCCCGCAGAGACGCUGCCAUGAAGGCCGGCAACAAGAGCCCCGUCGGCCCCUCCCUGCCCACACCCGCCAGGGCCUUCACUGCUGCUGAGGAGCAGGAUGCCGAGCGGAGGAGACAGCUGAGAGAGAGAGCCAGACAGCUGAUAGCGGAGGCUCGCUCCGGAGUCAAGAUGGCGGACAUGAGUGUGCUGGACGCCUCUUCUGCAGGCAGGAACAACAAGGCUGCUCCUGGUACAGACAUGCUGGAUGGUGUCACAGGUGGUGGUGAUGGUGGUGGUGGGAAUGGUGGAGGGGAGAGCGGUGAGGAGGCGGAGAUGAGGGCUGAGCUCCACGCUGGAGCUCCCGAUGAGGAGGAGGAUGAUGAUGACUAUGUUGCCGCAUCAACGUUCAAGCUUAAUACUAACCCAGCACUCACCAAAGCCCCGCUGUCGCCCCCUGCUAGCAGCCAGGGCCUCCCGGGACCCACUAACCCAAGCUCUGAGCUAACAUCCCUGGGUAAAGGGAACAGAGGGCAAGUGGACCUGAAGUUGAAGAAGCUGGUGGAGGUCCGACCAGGAGGGACGGCGGCUUCUGCGUCCUCUCCUUCCUCAUCCUCAUCCUCCUCUUCCCCGGUGGCAUCCUCUCCCUCGCCGCUCAUCCCCAGCGAUGGACUUGAGAAGCCCUCGGAGGAGCGUAUGCGGGCGGAGCGGCUGCGCAAGGCGACAGAGCGUCUGCGAUGCCCCGUGGUUUUCAACAAGGACUCGGCCGUCAGGAAGACACAGCUGCAGUCCUUCAGCCAGUAUGUGGACAACAGACCAGAGGUUAAGAGGCAGAAGUCUGUUCCUGAAGACCUAAUGAGUUCUGGAGACGAGCGAGGAAGUCUCUUGUUGGAGUCGGACCUUCUCAGACCCUUUGAGGAAGAGUCGGAGUUCAGAGACACCAGCCAGUAUGUGGUUGGGGAGCUGUCGGCUCUGGAGAGCGAGCAGCGGCAGAUCGACACGCGGGCUGCGCGCGUGGAGAAGAGGCUGCGCUAUCUCAUGGACACAGGAAACAACAAGGAGGAGGAGGAGGCCAUGAUGCAGGAGUGGUUCAUGCUGGUCAACAAGAAGAACGCCCUCAUCAGACGACAGAACCAGCUCUCCCUGCUGGAGAAGGAGCACGAUCUGGAGCGCCGCUUUGAGCUGCUCAACAGAGAGCUGAGGGCCAUGCUGGCCAUCGAAGACUGGCAGAAGACUGAGGCCCAGAAGAGACGCGAGCAGCUGCUACUGGAUGAACUGGUGAUACUGGUGAACAAGCGAGACGCUCUGGUCAGAGACCUGGAUGCACAGGAGAAACAGGCGGAGGACGACGAGCACCUGGAGAGGAUUCUGGAACAGAACAAAGGCAAGAUGACCAAGAAGGAGGAGAAGUGUGUCCUCCAGUGAUCGACAACGGACAAAUGUAGCCCAUAUGAUAAUGUAUUAUUAUUACUAUUAUGAUGAUUGUGGAUGGAGUGGCUCUCCCAGAGGUUUCUACCCUGUUUCUUCAACCCUGACCUGGUUGUUGUUUUUGGUCUCAGGGCCUUUUGCCCGGUUUAUACUGAACAAAACUCUCCUGAUUAUAUACUGCCUUUUUAUUUGACUGUACUUAUUAUUCUCUUAACCACAAAAGGUACGUGUGUUAACGUAAUUGCACACCAGAGGUAAAGCGUAGCAUGGACGGCUCCAAUGAGACUCGACUGACAAAUAUAUGUUGCAUCUUAUAAUGUUUGAACCCAACGCAGAGCUGUGUCAUGGAAAUGCACAUGUGUUUUGAAUCAUUUUUUAAAUGUGUUACCGUUAAAGAGAUGUGUUAUUUCGAGGUACAACAAACGUUUUUUUCUGACAUCUCAGUUGGGGGAAGUGUUAAAAAAACGAAUGUUAUAACAGUAUCUUUAAUUUACAUUCAUUACUUGACUGUGUAACUUUUAAUUACUUCUAUUCACAAAGUUUUUACUUGUUGUAAAAUGUCUUGAAGGGUAACACGUUAUCCUUCAUAAAUCCCAACUUCCCCUUAUUUACUCAAAAGCGUUUACCAACCAAUUUGGAGCUGGAUCCUGGUGAUAGUGGACGGGAGAGCAAAGUGCUUUUAACCUUGUAUUAUUUUAUCACAGCUUUGGCAAGUAACUUCCAAAAAAAAAAAAAAAUCUUCUGGAUUCACGCGGCCGAAAGUAGACUAAAAUAAAAAAUAUUUAUUGCGGUUUUUCGUGAGAGCUGCUUGUAAAGUACCGUUAUAAUCAUGCACACUCAACAUCUUUGUAUUUAUUGUAUAGUGGGGGGAAAACAAUGCUUUCACGUGCGAUAUCUUUUAGUUCCACAUUUGGCUGUCUUCAUUUGUAAACAUGAUCUGUUUAUUUAUUCUGUCAUAACCCAAGUCUUCAAUAAAGAUGCUUUCAUACUCCAUUCAUUUAUAUUGUCUUUGCUGCUUUAAGUUCCAAUCGCCUGUUGUCUUUUCCCUUUGUACACAAUUAAAUGUGUUUCCAUUGUGAAGGAUUUAUUUUUUAGAUUCAUUGGCACGUUUUGUUAUUCAACCUAAAAUAAGGUUACCUUGCGUCAAUCAUUUCCGUGCCUAAUUUAUUGCGGAAUACUUU